CCGCGAAGUGGAGUUCAAACAGGCGGGAAUCCCUCUUUUGAAUACACAGCGAUCCCAGACUGUUUCAAAACCCUAAUUACACCCCUCUUCUCUCUCUUCUGGAUAAAAUCCAUUUUUUUUCGAUUCUCUGUUUAUUGAUGGCGACAACGAUGAAGAAGAACGGAAAUCUUAUUGAGGCUAACGACGAUGGUGAUGGAGGCGAAGAACAAAAUGGGGGUUCUGAUUCUGAAACAGAGGUGAAAGAGGGCUUUCAGAAGAAGAUAGGCAGGAAAAGAGGUCGGGAAGAGAACAGCGGGAACACCGGUACUGCUACUAAAUCUCAAGAAAAGAAGAUCAAACCAUUUGUUUGUCAGAAACAGCAGGCUGUUUCUAUAGAAGAAGAAAGGACAAUGACGACGAUUGUUGUCUUGUCAAGUGAUGAUGAUAACGAGUCAACAGAAGAAGCAGCAGAAGGUAUGGUUGAUGCUCAAACUGCUUUUGCUACUCCUGAUCGAGAGGGAAACGGUAUUAACGAAGUAGUAAACAACAAAGAGGACAAAAAUGAGGAACGGAAGCCCAUCAGAAGUACUAGGAAUGAUGGUAUUAAUUAUGCUGAGAUUUUCAAAUACGAUAAGGGAAGAAUCGGUACACCUUCCAGCUCAAGUAGGAAGGAUGGUUCAAAGCCAAAGUAUUAUGCCAAGAACUUUGUUUCUGAUGAAAAUGGAAAUCUAGUUAAAGUACCUUCAAACAUGUGCCAUCAGUGUCAAAGGAACGACAAGGGACAAGUUGUAAGGUGCCAGAGCUGCACUAUAAAACGUUACUGUGUGCCUUGCAUGAGAAGAUGGUAUCCUAACAUGACAGAUGAGAUGUUUGCUGAGCGUUGCCCUGUUUGCUUAGACAUUUGCAACUGUAAAUCUUGCUUGCGUGAUGUGCACCCUAGAGUCAAAGAGAAGAUUGAUUUUAAACCUAAUGAUGAUCAAAAAGCUCGAUAUUCUAUUUAUAUUCUGCAUGUGCUUUUUCCAUUCUUGAAGCGUCUCAACGAGGAGCAAACAAAGGAGAAAGCAAUAGAGUCUACAAUUCAAGGCUCUUCUUUAUCUAACAUACAGUUGAAGAGGGCAAAGUGCAGCUGGGAUGAGCGCAUGUAUUGCGACUGCUGUAAAACUUCAAUUUUUGAUUUGCAUAGAAGCUGUCCUUCUUGUCAUUAUGAUCUUUGCCUUCAAUGUUGCUUGGAAUUGCGAGAUGGCAACCUUCAAGGAAACAAGGAAGAAGUUAUCAUUGAAUAUGAAGAUCCAGGUCAUGAUUACUUACAUGGGGGGAAGCCCCUUCAAGCUAAGAAGGCUGCCGCAGCCCCCAAGGACAGAAGGAAGGGACAUAAUACUCCAAAGAAAAAGCAAAGUCAUGAAUGGAAGUCUCUGGAUGAUGGCAGAAUUCCUUGUCCUCCAAAAAGUAUGGGUGGUUGUGGUAGUGGGAUUUUAGAGUUGAUGUGCAUAAAGUCCCUUGACACUGUUUCAAAUUUGUUGGACAAAGCGCAAAAUCUCUUGAAGACGCACAAACUGAAGGAAGAUAUGAGGGAUAUGCCUGAGAAAUGGUGCACAUGUUCAGAUUUUUUGAGCAGAAAUGAUAGUGGUGAUAAGCAGUUACGUAAAGCUGCUUCACGUGAAAGUUCUAAUGACAAUUACUUGUAUUGUCAGCGUGCAAUAGACAUUAAAGCUGGAGAUUUGAAGCAUUUCCAGUGGCAUUGGUCAAAAGGGGAGCCAGUAAUAGUCAGCAAUGUUCUAGAAACUACACUUGGGUUGAGUUGGGAACCCAUGGUCAUGUGGCGUGCUUUUCGCCAGAUUACAAAUCUCAGUCAUGAUCGGCUCUUGGAUGUGUCCGCUCUUAAUUGUUUAGAUUGGUGUGAGGUUGAUAUAAAUCUUCGUAGCUUUUUUAAAUGGUAUACAAAAGGUCAAUAUGAUGAAGUCGGGUGGCCUAAGAUCCUAAAGUUGAAAGAUUGGCCCCCAUCAAGUUUAUUUGAUGAAAGGUUGCCACGUCAUGACGUUGAAUUCAUCACUUCUCUACCCUUUAAAGAAUAUACACAUCCUCGUGAUGGCUACCUUAAUCUUGCAGUGAAGUUGCCUGAAAAAUCUUGUAAGCCAGACAUGGGCCCUAAAACUUAUAUAGCUUAUGGUGUUCAUCAAGAAUUGGGACGUGGUGACUCAGUAACUAAACUUCAUUGCGACAUGUCUGAUGUGGUGAAUGUGUUGACUCAUUCUACAACUGUGACUCCCAAACCUAAAGAGCUUGAAAAGAUAAAUGAAUUGAAACAGCGUCACAAAGCUCAGGAUCAGAGGGAACUUGACAUUGAUAACACGAAAGAUGCUACUUCUGAGCAAGUUAUUUGCUUGAAGGAACAAGAAGUGGGACCUGGUGGUUGUGUGGAUGGAUCUGAUUCUGAUCUGGAAGAGGGAGGUGCUUUGUGGGAUGUGUUUAGGAGGGAAGAUACUCCUAAACUCCAGGAAUAUCUCAAAAAACACUUCAAAGAGUUUAGACAUGCCUUUUGUCUUCCACUGCAGCAGGUUAUCCACCCAAUUCAUGACCAAACAUUUUACUUAACCAUGGACCAUAAAAGGAAGCUCAAAGAAGAGUUUGGAAUUGAAGCAUGGAGUUUUGUCCAAAAGCUUGGGGAUGCUGUCUUUAUACCUGCUGGUUGCGUCCAUCAAGUUAGAAAUUUAAGGUCAUGUAUAAAAGUUGCAUUGGAAUUUGUUUCUCCUGAAAACGUUGGUGAAUGCAUCCGGUUAACUGAAGAUUUCCGCCUUCUCCCCCAAAAUCACAAGGCAAAAGAAGACAAAUUGGAGGUGAAGAAAAUGGCACUCUAUGCAGUGGAGGCAGCUGUGAAGGACUUGAAGUAUUUAGUUGCCGAGAACUCUCAACAUCUUGAAGACUCCCAUGAUUCUCCAAUCCCACAAUACAAUGAAUGUUCUCAGUUUAUUUCGAAUCUUGAUAAAAUUCCAAUCAUUGAAGAUCUCCAAAACUCGCAAAAUUCUAUAAACAAUGCUAGAGGCGAAAUGGAACUACAGCUAGAUUUUGAAAAUGUCCAAACCUUGCAAAAUACUGAAAAUGUUGCUGGAGGCAAAGUGAAACUACAAAGAGAUUCUGAAAAUAUCCAAACCUCGCAAAAUACUGAAAAUGUUUCUACAGGCGAAGUGGGAUUACAAAUAAAUUGUGAAAAUCUCCAAACCUCACCCAAUAUUGAAAACGAUGUUAGAGGCAAUGUGGGAAUACAGAUAGAUUCAGAAAAUGUUCAAACCUCGCAACAUACUGAAAACUCUACUAGACGCAAACUGGGAUUACAGAUGGAUCACGAGUCAACACCUUCCUGUUCAGAACAUGAAGUGGGUGAUGAAGAAAGUGGUGGAAACACAAAAAGAUCAAGGAAUAGUGAAGAGGGGGAUCAAUCUGUCCACUCCACCCCAGAAGUGCCAAAUAGUAGAGACACGUCUAAGAUAAAUGGAGAAGGUAAAGUAUCACAACCUUCUUCCAACCCUAAUGAAUUUGUUGCACAACUUCAAGCAAUGAGGGUUACUAGUAAAGAAGGGGACUAUUCUCUCCACUCCAACCCAGAAACGCCAAAUAGUGGUGGUUCAACGGCUCACCCUCCUACGAGUGGAGAUGCAUCUAAAAUUAAAGGAAAAGCUAAGGUUUCACAGUCUUCUUCGUCUCCUAAUGAAAUUGUUGCAGAACUUCGUGCCAUGAGGGUUACCAGAGACAAUGAAGUUGAACUCAUGAGAAAAAGACUCGAGUUGGAGCAAAAAAGGGAAGAAAGGAAGAAUAAGAAGAUGUAUCACAUGCAUCUCAAUGCAUUGUUGAUGAAAGACCACUUAUCGCCAGAAGAUGAAGACAUUAAACGCCGUCUCUUGGCGAUGUUGUGUGGAUAGUGAUUGCAGUGUAUAUUGAACUCAUCAUGCAUGAGCAUCUUUUGUACCUAUAAUGAUGCGAAUGUUUGUAACUUGGUUUAUUUCUUUUUAAUUCUACUUAUUUUACUGCAUGAUCAUGCUUAUUGAACUCAUCAUAAAUCCUACAGCACCAUUUUUGAACUUCA